AUGAAAAUUGAUGAGGAAAUUUCACGUCCAUGUAGGGCUGUCUCAAAUUCUCCAGAAGGGCUACAUCCUUAUUUCAGUGAUACUGAUAAACCUGAAGAGUGCGAGCUCGAUGGACACGACGGAUUUCCUACCAGCGAAAUGUUCGAUACCAAUAAAAAGCUAUACCAAAUAUCUACAACCUACGAUUCUUCUCUAGAUGGAUAUACUGUUCCCGUUGAUAAAUCCCAACCAGAAUUCGAUAGAUUAGAAGCCCAUUGUACCGAACUAGCCAAAAAGUUUGGGAAUGAGAUGAAUUCUAAGGCUCAACUGGAUGAUGUGGCUGACAGUAUGCUGGAAUCAGAAGAAAGCAAAUUCAGCUCAGUUGCUCGAAUUAAUCCAACUUUUCCUCAACGGGACCAGAAGAUCGAUGUUGCACCCUUGAGAGGCAUGCGUGUCCGGAGUAUUGGCCGUGGCGGGCUAGAAAUCACAAGACGCUUCUCGCAUCUUUCACUGGAUAACUCUAUUAAAUCCCAAUCUUCUAAUAUUCGCCAGCAGGCCCCUCAGCUCAAUAGCACAAGUGGCUCAUCUCUUGGUCCACCAUCGCACUCAGGUGUUCCCGUUGUAAAGAGUUCAAAUACUCCUCCAAAAUUAUCGAACAAACAAGAUAAGGUUGUUUUACUGGAUUCCUCCCCAAGAUCUGAUGCAAAAUCUGCAAUACCCGACAAUAAGCAGAUUGCUGAUGCUGUCUCAAAGGCUCCUGAUACAGUUAACACACCUCAUAAUGAGGAACAGGUACCUAUCGAACCAAUUAGUCCAGCCCAAAAUGAGACUUCCGAACAUCCCAGCUCAUCACUUGUCGAUAAUACUCUAGAAGAACGGAUUAAGAAAUCGACCCUUAAUCCAGAUGCUCCUGAAUUUAAACCGACUUAUAAUUGUCUCCAUCUGUGCCAUUCACGUUCUCCUGUUGUCGUACUUUCUUCAGGUCUUCCUGUUACCACUGUCGCCACGUCUCUUUUCCCGGCCAGUUUACUUCCCUCAGUUCCGACUUCUAUCCCGGUCUCUGCUACUUUGCCGCACUCGACAAUGGCUAUGAAUCCUGCAGCAUUUUAUCCCACAGGUCCACAUCAUCUAUACCCUUCCCAUGUUCAAUUACCCACUCAUCCCACCGGGCUUCCAGCAUCUAUCUCCUUGCAUCACAAUACGGCUCCACAGGCUCCUACAGGUCAAUUAAAUAUGUUGGCCGCCUCGCAUGCUGCUGGUUUACCUUUUCCGAUCACCUGCAAUGGCCAAUCUCUCCCCGCUGUCCAUCCUACAGCAAACGCUGUAUUCUCUCAAAUGUUUCCGCACCAACAGCACUCUCAUCAGGGUACGCCAUUCGCUAGCGUAUUGGCCAAUACUUUAUCAUCGCAACUCCUUCCUCAACAUAUGUCUCCGCACGCAUUGAUUGCGCAGUCUCCACGUGGUCAACUUCCUGCUCACGCUAAUUACGCUUUGUUGUCUCAACAACAGCAGCCUCAGGCCACUGCAAAGUCACAACAGCAAGGGGGAAAUAAUAUUCAGCAUCAGCCAGUUCAGCCACAAAGCAAUCAGGCGGUUGUUGGUAUCUCUCGUCAACGGUCAACUGAAUCUUCUAUGAGUGCUGGUGUCGCUUUACCCGCAAACUCGAGUCAACUAUUUCUGUCUUCUGCACCACAGGCUACUCAGUUUGCAUCAUUGUCUUAUCCGGUUACGACGAGUGGUGGAGCUGUAUAUCCAACAGCCAAUGCUUCCAUCUUCCCACCGGCCAACUACUUUCUGCAUGCCGGCAAUCAAAUCCAGGGUUUUCAUGCUGCCACUGCCCCACCCGUAUCAUCCGCUUCUGGUGGGGUCACUGUGGCCGGCUCUUUGCAGCAACAGCAAGGACAAACGCAGCCUCCGGCUCACUCUGCCUACAUAACGAGCACAAUGAAC